UAAACAACUAAUCCUUUAAGGUAUGCGUUGAAAAGCAAAAUGUUAUAGCCACAUUGCGACGACAUGGCAGCAACUUUGCUGCUAUGGGAACCCGUUGACACAGAGAGCAGUUCCAUGGUGGAACCCAUUCAUUCGAUGGGUACUCGCUGAACGUACGGUACAUACCAUACGCUUGGACCGAUCGUACCAUCGGUAUCCGCGGUUCCGCGCGCGUUGAGAGAAUUCGAACAAGUUGUACCCCUUUUUCGCGGGUAGUACUACUCUUUUUCUUGGAAAUCGUAGUGUAUUGCAGAAGGGUUUUUGGUUGUAAAGUGAAGAGUGGUAGUGUGGUGAAGUGUCACAGUUCUUAGACAUCGCAGCAUAAUGUCAACAAUCACAUUGAACCACGCUGCGGCUAUGCGACGUCUGGAAGCCCUCUUCAACGACAACAUCUCCAUAGACACCAAGCCCGACAUCCAGAUAGAGGUGGACAGCAAAGUAAGCAAAAACUGCGACGUGCACGGCACCAAAGGUCAUCAGCAGGGCCGCAGAGGGUCCCUGGGAAACGCCCUGCACGCUGGGGGUCGUAGGGACUCGCUGGGGUGUGUUGCCUCCCUUAGAAGUCAACAGCCGGCUGGGUAUUUUGGGAGUAACACUAUGGGGCCCAGAAGGGAGUCGAUGCCGGCUCUGAAUCACUAUGGAUAUAGACGAGGCUCCCUCAGCAUCCCCCACAACUUGCCACCAGAGAAGAAAGUCGAGCACCCAAGCCAAUUCGCAUCCUCCCUCCGAAGAGACUCCCUUGGCUCCUCAUACGGCUCCCUAAAUCGUCCCUUCCACGGCUCAAAGCGCGACCUACUCGGUGGGAGCCAGAAUUCUCUAAACGGCAGCAAGAAUUACCUGCAAGUACCAGGGUACAACCAAAUGAGACGUAAUUCGAGGAACUAUUCCACCGAUUCCUUGGACGGUGGAAAGAGGAAUUCAUGGGAUCCUGGAAGGAGAGGAAGUUCAGGAAGUUCAUGUGGGUGGGAGGAGCCCAUUUGGGAAGAUAAGGUGUGUAUACUACAUAGCAUUCAGGCUACCAGUGCCGUAAGUUAUAUGUAAAUCCUAGUUGCAAAUAUCGUCAUCUCCGGGUUUGGUUUAUUGCCAUAGCCUUUUGGUGUAAAAGUGCUGAAAAAAUUCUUAACAAAAGUUUUUAAAAUGUACGUGCAUUAUGCAUAGUUUCCAAAGUAAAAUAAAAAACCCAUCUUUUCCAGAACAGCAAUAUUGAGCCUUUUGUCUUGUUCGGGCACUUUGACUUAGAAGAAAGAAUUGCUCUCCAUUUCCGUGUGACUACUAUGUCUGUUUGCUUAUGUAUUGUGCUACAAAAGGUUAGAGGGGGCUCGAAGUGUAGAAACAUGUACUUCUUCUAAUAUGAAAUGUUUGCUUUGGAAAAUCCAUAAGGAAGUUUUCUGUUUUCUUUGUUUGGCUUUAGUGUCCCAUGUUUCAAGCAAUUCAACCUAGAUAUUAUCCGAAAAUGAAGAAUUCUCUAUACAUUUAAAACAUAUUUUAGUAGGUACGAUCUAAAAGCAACUAUUAAAUUGCAUCG